GAUGCACUUUUAAGAGUUUCAAAAGAGGAAUUCCAGAACUAAAAGUUUGGCUCUGCCAAAAAUAGAAACCACAAAAAAAAAAACAGAGCCAUGUCCUAUUAUUAAAAAAAAGGAAGAACAAUAUUUUGAUAAAUAAAGAAAAAUAAUUUAUUGUUCUUAUCAAAGGGAUUUGAAAUAAGUAAAAAAUCAUUUUAUUCAGAUGAAAAGAUCUUUUGAGAUUGCCACUAAACUCGACUAGGAUGAUCAUAGAAUAAUGAAAUAGAAAACCUUAGACAUUAAACCAAAAUAAAAAGUAGCUCAAAAACAUGAUGACAAUACAUUUCUAACAUAUGUUUGA